AGUGAAUGCCAGUCAGCCGGUGGACCAGUCAGGCAGAGAGGGAAGCGAGUGAGGCUGGAGUCCGCGCUUGUGUUUGUCUGUGUGUGUAAGUGUGACUGGCAGUUUUUUCCUCCGACUGGCCAAAAAAAUGAGCACACCGGGGUUAAAAGAGACCGGCUCCUUCCGACCCUUUGGACUGCUCUGAGUGCUUCCUUCUCCUCGAGGGAACACCUGUUUGUGUGCGGAGAGCAGAGCCACUCCUGGUCCAUACACAGGGUGGAUGACUACGGUGGAUGAGCGCUUUUCUGGCGGAAAGAGGAGCUCUGUCAAAUAUGGACUCCCCUCACUAGUGAACGGGAACCAACUUUGUUGAUCAUUCAUACCUUCACCGUCAGGAUUACUGAAACCAUGGCAGCCAGCCCCCAACACAGAAUGGAAAGCGGCCAAUCAAGAUCCAACAGAAAGAGAAGGAAGCAGAGGGCAGUGAGGAGGAGUGGGCUUCUGUGGACAUCAUGUGCACAAGGGCCUAUCCUGACCUAGUCCCUGAGUGUCAGCUGUUCCCAGGAGAGGUGGAGGAGUCUGAGGAGGACGUGAUAGACAGCAGCAGGGAGCGGGAGUCUGACAGAGACAGCGCUGUUGAGAGUACACAGGGAUCAGACACGUCAGAGGGGCUUCCUCGACCAGGGGACCGGGAGGACGCUCUAGGGGAUCUCUUCUUCUCCAAUGACAAGUGUCACCCCACCAGCAUCUCUGUGACGUCAGACCUAUCAACACGUUCGUCUGCUUCUUUAAACGAGGAACAGUUUGAGGACUACGGAGAAGGAGAGGAACCGGACUACUCCACCAGCAGCCCCUCACCUGACGAAGAGACACGAACCAACGGCUACUCUGACCUUGGCUCGUCUGUUCCCUCGAGUGCGGGUCAGACUCCUCGGAGGCUGAAGCACCACAACAACGCAGAGCAAAUGGAUGUGUACUGUUCUCAGUGCAGCAAAAAGGUCAACCUUCUCAAUGAUCUGGAGGCUCGACUCAAAAACCUCCGGGCAAACAGCCCAAGCAGGAAAAUAUCCAGCACUGCCUUUGGAAGGCAACUGCUCCACAACAGCAACUUGAGCAGCAGCAAUGGCAGUACAGAGGAUCUGUUCAGGGACAGCAUCGAUUCAUGUGAUAUAGACAUCAACGAGAAGGUCAGCUCCCUGGAAAAGAAAGUGGCAGAGCUGGAAAAUGAGAUUUUACUGGAUGGUGAAUUGAAGUCCAAAUUAAAACAGGAGAACACACAACUAGUACACAGGGUUCAUGAACUGGAGGAGCAGCUGAAAGACCAGGAAACACGCGCAGAUCAGAGUCUGCAUGAGGAGCUCAGGCGUCACAGAGAUUCCUAUGGCAAGAUGGAGCGAGACAAGAACACACAAAUUGAACUACUGACCAACAGGGUUAACCAGCUUGAGGAGGAAAAUGGCGAGAUGACUAUGAACAUGUGUCGACUCAAGUCACAGACAGAGAAGCUGGACGAAGAGAAGCAGAGGAUGACAGACAAGCUGGAGGACACUAGUUUGAGACUGAAAGAUGAAAUGGACCUGUACAAGAAGAUGAUGGACAAAUUGAGGCAGAACAGGCAACAAUUCCAAAGAGAAAAGGACGGUAUGCAGGAGCUGAUCGAGGAUCUUAGGAAAGAACUGGAGUAUUUGCAGCUCUUUAAGCUUGAGGCAGAGAGGCCGGGUCGCAGCCGCAGCUCAUCCACAAGUCUGCCGGACUACAACAGCAGAACAAGGGAGAUGGAGCUGGACUACGACAUCAAAAGGCUGAAACAGCACAAUGCAUUCCAGGAAUAUUUCCCCCCUGAAUUCCAGAACCUGGCUCUGCUUCGUCCUGCUCUGAUGGAAAACCAGCGUUUGAAGGAGCAGAAUGAGGAGUUGAAUGGUCAGCUGCUUAGCCUCAGCCUUUAUGAAGCAAAGAAUCUGUUUGCUACCCAGACCAAGGCCCAGUCGCUGGCUGCUGAGAUAGAAAAUGCCUCCAGAGACCAGCUCAUGGAGGCCCUAAAGGAGCAGGAGGAGAUCAACCAGCGUCUACGACAGUACAUGGACAAAAUCAUUCUUUCAAUCUUAGACCACAAUCCUUCCAUUUUGGAGAUCAAGAACUAGCAGUGAAUGAAUGGGACUCCAAACCUGGAAAGCUGAGAAUCUCUCCUGAUGUUUUUUUGUGGAUAUCUCUGGAGGCAACUGGAACACGCCCCACCUGACUGUCUUUAUGCAGUAUGGAGCUACUUCAACAUAAAGGGAAUCUCAGCCAGUAACGUCUGGGGCUUCACUAUUAGGUGGUUUUUGUUUGUUUGUUAUAACUUGUGGACCACAGUGUGAGCUCAUGCUGGACAAUAACAAUCCCUGGAGAUUUCAGAGUGGUUCACCGGAUAAUCGGACAUUGGGAGACACUUGAAAAUGUUGGAGAAAUUUCUCCAUUUGGUCAUGGAGAUUCCAGAGUAUAGAAGAGUGUUUGUGGAGGUCUUUUGUGAAGAGAGAAGAUUCUGAGAAGUUUCAAAAAGGUGGUCAGAGAAGAGUCAUUUCUGAAGCCAGGGCUACACAUACUUUAAGAGGAGACUCCUAACAGAUUGUUCUCAUUACAGUGUUACUUUAAGCGCAUUUGAAUCCUACACUACAUGCCGACCCUCAAAAGACUAACGUGUCCAGAUGCCUAUCCUUGGUGUGGCCGUCGAUAGCAAGUCUUUCAUGGUGUUGCUUUAAAGCGUAGGAAUAGAGUCAAAUUGUGCUAUCUUCAAUUGAACAGCCAUCAUGUGUGCUUAGACUGCAAUAUUGAAUUCAGAAAGAAAUAAUGUCCCUAGUUAUACUAAAAAGAACUCUACUGACAACAAUACAUUAACUAAAUCUAUACAUUGUCAUAAUACAUUUCAUUAAUAAUUUUUAAAUUUUUAAUUUGGAUGCAUAUUUUUGUGACUCACCCUUACUUGACUAACUUCCCUUGUAAUAUUCUAUACUAUGAUACUAAUCAUUUUGGCUGCUGAAUGUUCCAAAAAACAAACAAGUUUUUAGGUUGCAAAACUAUAGAUCUUCACUUGGGGCAAAUAUUUCAAAUGUUUUCAGAAGUAAAAAAAGGAACAUAGGAGUCUCCUUGUACGUGUGGACCACGUGGGUCUAUCAAAAAAAAAAAAGCCAGCGGCAAGUUUUCUGGACGGCUUGAGUUUGAAACUGAGAAUAAGUGAAUGUGUUUCCUUGUUUGAUCUCGUCUUCCAGAAAAUGUUGUGUGUCAAUCAUUCAGACAGUGAGUGUAUUUCACUGGGAAGUGGCCCUUAGUGGAUCCAAAAGGCACUUUAGCAAGCAAAAGCUUUAACCACGGCGUGUCUUUGACUACCACGAAUGCUGCUUCCCUGGAUUCUGUUGUGAUAAGCAAUAUUCUAAGACCGCAGAUGACAAGUGUCUUUUGUGUUGCAGAAGAAGUUUACUGUUGAAACUGAAGUGGAAUGGUACUGAUAUUUACAGCAGCAUAAAUCACCAGCUAAGUAUUGCUAACCUGACCUAAACCAGUCCACUUUCAUCAGCAGUGCUUCGGCCCAGGUAUGUCCCAGCAUUAUUGGUGUGAAAACAAUCGGAGCUUGAUCUGAGGACAGGGAAAGAGCAGUGUUGUUACCUCGCAGUUUCGAGGAAAGCAGGUUUGUAGGACCCCUAUUGUGCUUUUCAACUGUUCAUAAUUUGCCUAUCGUGCUAUGUCAGCAAACCUCCAUUUAUUCCGUGGCACCUGAUGGCACAGCAAUAAAGGAGCUAUCAGGCCGAGCUAUAAUGAAAAUAAGGUGAAGAAAAGUUGUUGAAAGGCCACUGAAGUGCAGCCACGGUGACUCUGUAGCGUUUCAAUGCUGUAAAUACCAUGAAUGUACAUUUUUAUAAUUUAGACUUCAGACCCGUCUGCCGGUGUACAGCCGAGAAAAUGUCAAAAAAAAGGUCCAUCGACGACGAAACAAUCGACUGUAUUAUGUGAUCUUCUUGAACUUGAGUUUUGCUCCUUGCACAAAAGCUGUUCUAUUUUGCAUGGUUCACGUUUUGUCUGUCUGUGCCUUCUGAGGACGAUUUCAACAAUGUUGCUUCAGCUUGUCUGGUUCUUGAGGUACAUCAUGACGUCAUUGUAAAUCUUGUAAGUAAGUAGUGGUAGUCCUUUGUAUACCUGUGCCACUGAUCCGUCUUUUGGGGGAUUGAUACUAAGAAAUCUAUUUUAUACAGAUUUAUCAGGAAGCAACGUGUUUUUGCUUCAGGCGUACCUAGGAAACUGAAUAGCACAAUACUGUCGAAGCUAGCAUUUUGUCGAGCUAAUAAACGCUUUACGCUCCAGGGUUUUGACUGUUUCCGCUCAUUAAAAUGGAACAUUUUGUGCUGUUGGAGUUUGAACGUGGAAUCAAAUGCUCCUGAAGACAAGGUCCCUAAUAUACUGAA